UUUGCCUACCCCCACACGUAUUCCGAAAUCCAAAGCCCUGACUCGGAAGCAAUCCCAACCCUCCGCUUCUGCUCCACUCCGAUCACUCUCUCCGUCUCUCUCUCUCCCCCUACUCCCUUUCUAUGCUCUGUGGGGGAUGACGAGCUCCCAUCCAUGGCGGCGACAUCACCACCACUCCCACCACCCUCAUCACUAGCUCUCCUCCUCUUCUUCGCCCCCUUCCUCCUCCUCCUCCUCCUCCUCCUACUCUCUCUUCACCUCAAGGCUCAGCACAAGAACAACGAGGCCCACGAAGCCCAACGCAGCUCGCACACUCCUCCGGAGGCGGCGUGCGGAGUCGGGGAGGGGGAGGAGGAGGAGAGCGAGCGGAGGAAGGGGGAGGAGAAGAAGAGGAAGAAGAGGGGGCGGAAGAAGCGGCAGGGAGGAGAGGAGGCGAAGGAUGGGGCUGCGGCGGCGCCGGCGGCGGCGGGGGCGGCCGAGGAGGAGGUGGAGGGCGGAGAUAAGCGGUGGAGAGAGGCGGCGGUGGGUUGCCCCUUCCCCUUGUCCUCGUUCGGGAGCGCGAUGCAGAGGAGGAUCAAGUCGCAGUACGACGAGCUCGUCAAAUCCAGCCAUGCUAAGGUCUUGACCAUCGCUCAGGUUGGUCAGUUUAUCAACUGUCUCGUUGAGGCAAGAAAUGAAUUGCAACACAAGUCUGUGAUCAUUCAACGGAGUUUUAAAAUUAAAAAGGCAUUGUUAUUCAAGGCCGAUCGAUCUUCAUUUGAUCGCCUUUGUCAACAGAUGUACAAGUUAGAAGUGGAACAUAAGAGGCUAAAAGAGGAUGCUGCUGUCUAUAAUUUAGUUCAAGAGCAGCUUAAGUUGUCACCUGCAUACAAAACGAUGCUUGAGAUCAGUGCAAGUAUGGAGAAAGUUCCAACAGAAGGGACUGCGGAACUUCCUGAUAUCUCAUUCGAAGAGCUACUAGCCCAAGAAAAGAAGGAUUCGUUUUGGCAAAGAAACGGGAAGCUUAGGUCAUUUCCAAGCUAAUACGUGAAGCCAUCUCAAGCACGCAGUUCUGCAGUCGAAACAGAAGAGCUUGUACAUUUUGCUAGGUCUUUUUAAUCUUCUAUUUUUCUUCUACUUUUGUGCUGAGCUGUGCAUUCAUUGAGUUUUCGUACUAAAACUUGGUUUGUUAAAUGCUAAUCCACCGGUAAACUACAUCACUCAUGAGAAAUGAUAGUCAUCUUUUGGAUUUUCCUCUUACUAAGAUUUUUCAAGUUACAGAUUGUUCUUCAGAUUGUAAAGCUAAACUAAGGAUUCUGAGAGUUUCUAGAAUAUUGUUUUUGUUCCUAAAAGAGUA